AUGAAGAUGCAUCUGCUCUGUUUGGAGUUACUUGUCUUGGUGGGACAGCUGUUCGUGGCCUCGGGGCAGCAGCAGGCCAAUGACCCGAGCAGGCAAGUGUCCCAGGACUCGUCCGCCACCCAGAGACAGGGACUCGUGGAGAGAGAUGUGGUUCCCAUGAGGCCAAACAUCACCAUGCCGCGCCGCCGGCUGCCGCCCAUGUGCACGGGGCCCACGGAGAUCAGAGACACGUUCAAGUACAUCAACACAGUGGUGUCCUGCCUGGUGUUUGUUGUCGGGAUAAUCGGCAACUCCACUCUCCUGAGAAUCAUCUACAAGAAUAAGUGCAUGCGGAACGGGCCCAACAUCCUGAUCGGCAGCCUGGCCCUCGGAGACCUGCUGCACAUCAUCAUCGGUAUUCCCAUCAAUGUUUACAAGCUCCUGGCAGAGGACUGGCCAUUCGGGGUGGGCUUGUGCAAGCUGGUGCCUUUUGUUCAGAAAGCCUCGGUGGGAAUCACGGUGCUGAGUCUGUGUGCUUUGAGCAUUGACAGAUAUCGCGCCGUGGCCUCGUGGAGCCGCAUCAAGGGCAUCGGUGUUCCCAAAUGGAUGGCUAUAGAGAUUGCUCUCAUCUGGAUACUAUCCAUCAUCUUGGCUGUGCCAGAGGCUGUGGCCUUCGACAUGAUCACCAUGGACUACAAAGGAGAACACCUGAGGAUCUGCCUGCUGCACCCCAUGCAGAAAACCGAAUUUAUGAGGUUCUAUAAAUCAGCUAAGGACUGGUGGCUGUUCAGUGCAUAUUUCUGCCUGCCUCUGGCCUGCACCGCCAUCUUCUACACACUCAUGACCUGUGAGAUGCUGAGAAAGAAGAACGGUGUCCAGAUCGCCCUCAGUGACCACCUCAAACAGCGGAGGGAGGUGGCUAAGACAGUGUUCUGCCUGGUGCUGGUGUUCGCUCUGUGCUGGCUGCCUCUCCACCUCAGUCGCAUCCUGAAGCUCACAAUCUAUGACGAGAGAGACCCGAACCGCUGUGAACUGCUCAGUUUCUUCCUGGUGUUGGAUUACAUCGGCAUCAACAUGGCAUCUGUCAACUCCUGCAUCAACCCCAUCGCCCUCUACAUGGUCAGCAAGCGCUUCAAGAGCUGCUUCAGGUCGUGCCUGUGCUGCUGGUGCCUGCCCGCUGAGAUGCUGAUGGACGAGAAGCAGUCGUGCAUGAAGCUCAAGGUCACGGAGCGACCGUCCGACCAGAGCAACUCCCGCAUGACCAACAAGUCCACGACGGCGUGAGGCAGGGCCGUUCACAGAGGCCGGCAAGUGAGAAGAAAGGAGAUCCGGCAAAAUACGCGAAUGAAUAAUGAAGUAUGGAAGACUGAAUGAGGAUGGCUGUCCAUUCUUACUCCGCCUUAUCUAGAGCAUCACCAGAAGCGGCCUUCAACCGGCUCCAGACGUGCCUUUGGAAAAGCCCUCGGUGGCUGAUCCAUAGUGAAAUGAACUCAUUGUAACAUAAACCUCUAAACGCUAACCCGC